AUGGAAGCGCUGAAGACUGUACUGAGCCGGAGAAUCGCACUCCCCGUCGUUGUUGCAGCGGUGUUGCUGCAGGAUGUUACUGAGGCAGGGCAGUACGCAGGGUUGCGAAGUCAGCUAGUCAACUGGCACUCUUUCGCCGAGACGGACUCCACCAACUACAGUUGCAUGGUGCAAGGCAAAGAGUACAGCGGUUAUGUCCUGGCUGAGCUGAGUGAUGUGAGCGACGCCGCCAGCUGCCAGAAAAACUGCGACCAGCAUCCCCAGUGCCGCUUUUUCACUUUCGUCUCCGACAAGAAGCGUUGCCGAUUGCAAGUCCGCCAGCCUUCGGAGGUCAGGGAUAACUCGAAUGCGUUCUCCGGCCCAAAACGGUGCCCGGUAUGCGUGAUCGAAGGGUAUGAUUUCAAAGGGCAGCCCAACAUCAACAACAACGGAGUGCCCGGUGUCACCACCCUGGCUGCUUGCCAGGUGGCCUGUCAAGCGGAGCCCCGAUGCUACGGCUUUCUUUUCAAUAGUAAUUCCAAAACAUGCUUCUUCAAAAAAGGCAAAAUGUACGUGAGCGCACUAGUACCGGACAGUAAAUAUAUUGCAGGUCCAAAAACGUGUGCAAAUGAGCGCUGGUGUGUCAUGAGCGGUAUUCAGUUCAACGGAGGCGACAAGCGCACCCUCAAAACUAAGUCCGCGGCAGCGUGUCAGGAUGAGUGUCUCAACGACGGUGACUGCGACUAUUUCUCGUGGAUUGAAUCGUCGAAUGAAUGCUUGUUGAAGGCUGGAUCAGCUGUCGGCGCGGCCAAGAUGACCAAAUCUGGCGUCCAUUCGGGACCGAAGCACUGCGGUCUGCCGACUACAUGCAUCAAGGAGCAGACCAAAUAUGUGGACGAUACCAUUGCCACCUACCCCAAGACGGAAGUGGGAAGUUUUGCUGCCUGCCAAAGGAGGUGCUGGAAGACCGGCAACUGUUUCUUCAUGCAUUUCAACGAUGAGGGUUGCACCCUCUCUGGCAUCAAUGCAACCGAGGUAGCGGAUGCCAACUCCAAAGGAGGCGAUGUAACAUGCUGA